AUGAAGAAACUGAGAAAGACGUGUGAAGGAGUUGGCUCGCAGCUGAAGCAGCACCUGGUAUCAGGAUGUGGAGUAGGACAAAGCCGUGCUGUGAUUGAGCCUUCUGCUUUCAAACAACGCCCUGCUUUCUCCAGGGCAAUCUUUAGCACUAAAAUUUUGUCCUUAGUUCUCAUUGGUCCCGGCUUGGGCAAAAUUCCCAGAGUGGGACGUCAGCCAUUGAAAGCAGAGGAGAAUGAAUGUGAAGAAGAAAUGGUAGCCAGCUUCGGUAACCUUGCAGAUGUGAAUACUGGAUUAAAUGGAGCAGCAGGACCUUGUGGGAAGGUUGACUGCUCCAAGGCACCGCAGCUGAUAGAAAUUCACGUCAAAUGCCUGAGGGGAGUCAAAGAUAAGGUCCCUAAAGGCCACUACACCCUCAAAGUUUCUGUUCUCAGCCGCUUAGGUGGUGGCUUGCUGGAGUGGCCCAAACUGAAGGAGCAGCCUCAAGGCAGGACAACGCUGCCAGUUAGUCACGACGGAAACUUCUACAACACUGAAAUCUACUUUGGACAAAGUAUCCAGACAGUUUUACCACCUAGAAAAGCUGUGAAGCCAGGCAUGGUCCUCCUCUUUGAACUCUUCCUUCUUCGUGGGACCCGUACUUGGAUUGAUCGAGAAGUGGGAUGGGGAGCUUUUCCCUUGUGUGACAACAAUUUUAAUGCUUUGGAGGGAAAAUUUAAAUGUCCCUUCCUCAGAGGCCAUUACAACUCCAAAGUUGACCGAUUCAAAAAAAUUGAAAAUUUUAUUUCUCAAGACUUGGAUCAUUGGUUAUGCAAUCUCUACUUUCAGAGGAUGAUUUUUACCAAGAUAGCUGUGGCAGUGCAGAUGAGCGCUGCAGCUCAUUUCAGCCGAAGGAAGACCAAGGAGGACAUCACAAGGGGCGAUAACGCCAAACAUGCAAGGAACCUGCUGGUCACUCCAGAGAGAGGCGAUGCCAGUACCGAAUUAGGCCCCAUGCACGUAAAUAUGUUAUUCCAGAUCAACUGGAAUAACCCACCUGACCAAUGUUAUCAAGAAAAAUCAGGUCCUGGGAACAAUGCAAGACCAGAAGAAGGAAAAGCAUCUGAAGAGAGCAAUUUUUACUUGGAGGACUUAGAGAAAUAUACUUUUUCUGUAUGUUGUCCUGCUGGUUUAAGCGGGGUCAUUUGCCAGCGGGUUGUCGAGCGUUUCCAUUUCGUAGUAUAUGCAGCCUUCUCAGAGCUGGGAGCCGCACACUGGCGCUCCAGGGACUUCUGGCUGCUCGUGCUGCUGGUAGUUUUGCUUUGGUUUGUGAGACUUUACCUGCAUUAUUUGAGCCAAUGGCUCUUCCUUCAGAUCAUCUCUGUUCCUGUUACAAAAUUGCAGCUUUUUCCUCACACUGUCGAACUGUGCUACCAGAACUCCUUGCUGCAGACCAGUGAAGAGUUGGUCAUGGUUGUGGUGGGACCCCUAACCUUGAACGCAGGGCUGCUUCUUAUGGUCCUGAUCAGAUGGGGCUGUCAGCAGCUGUUUGACUCAUUCCCUUCCUUCUUGUCAAAGUUUAUCAUAGCUCUGGGACUCUGGACAGUACUAGACCCCUUGGCAGUGUUCAUAGUGGAUUCAGUCCUGGGGCGACUUGGGAACAGUGUAGAGAAACCCAUUGCUGAUGCUGCAAAGCUCUACUGGGUCUUUGUAAGAGCAGAGGAGUCAGGGAUUCCUGGUGCCUUAAUCACUGUGAUGCUUUAUACAGUCCUGUUCAUCAUCUCAUCAACGGUGUUGUACCUGUACUUCUUAAGGCUACAUAGUGAAGGUUGGCUGUUGGAUGUAUUUCGACGCAUUCAUGGUGAGGAAGGCACAUUCUUUGUUCCAUUGGACCUAGAGAUUUCCAAUCAGGAGCUGAGCUACAUUAUGAAGAGGGCUGAGCAGUGGAGAGGAAUCAACGGUGAAAGACGGAUGGUGGCAGUGUCUGAUUACAUCUGGAAGGACCACGCUAGCAAGCCUGGUGUCUCCAGCUGUGACCUCCAGCACCAGGAUGAAAUCCCUGACUCUGCAGCUAACUCGAGAGGUAGCACCACCGUUCACGUCUCUGUCUACACUGUUCACCUCAGCGGCUUCCAGGAUCUCUACAGGCACUUCCUCAGGCUACCUGAUGGAGCUAUCAUUGAGAUGGUUGUAGUUGCUGAGAACCAUCCAAUAGACAAGAAGUUGUGCCAGAAUCAGGAAAACUUGAAGCCUGGGCUUAACCCGGUCUUCCCAUUGACUUCUGCACAGGACUGUGGAAUUCAUUGA